GCCCUUAGCUUAUUUCAGAGCUUUGGAUGUUUUGGACUAAAGCUGCUGGGUGCCAACCUAAAUCUGAGAUAAGAAUUAGAUUGUGAAGUGAGCCUGUCUGCUCUAUCUUAUAGGGCCUGCUUAGGCCCUUGUCAAUGCUGAAAAUUGCCCUAUCUUUAAAUGGUCUGAGUACCUGUACUUUAAGAAACAACUGGCAUAGACACAGGUGGACAUGAGAUAGCAGCAGGAUGUCUCCAAAACAGAUCCAUGCCCGAAGAGAGAAGCACCUACCAUGAUUCUUUUUAAUGUGGUAUUUGCACUGAGGUGGCCUUCUUCAUUGCUUUGAAAGAUGAGAAAUGGAGCCAAGGCCAGAACCUUGAAAAGUAUAGAUGGAUUACUGCCACAUAAAAGCAGCAAGAAAGCUGAGCAUGGCAGCUUACUCCUGUAAUUCCAGCACUCUGGGAGGCAGAGGGACACUGUUAAAGGGUUGCCACAGACAUGAAGGGCCAGAACAUGCUGCCUUGUUGUAGGAUUCCCUAGAUGGUGAUUGUUUUGAAAAUGGGAUCUGUUGAGAGUACAGAAAAUCUCCAGCUCCAGGUGAACAAAGUGUUUAAUGACUAGGCCAAUGCUGACCCAUCUGUGAUAAACUGUCUGCACAAUCUGUCCCGGCGCAUUGCCACUGUGCUACAGCAUGAGGAGCGCCGCUGCCAGUACCUCACCCGAGAGGCCAAGUUAAUCCUUGCACUCCAGGAUGAGGUGACUGCUAUGGCUGAAGCAAAUGAAGGUCCUCAGUCUCCAUUCCAUCACAUCCUACCCAAGUGCAAGCUGGCCAGAGACCUUAAGGAAGCUUAUGACAGCUUAUGUACAUCUGGUGUGGUGCGACUCCAUAUCAACAGCUGGCUGGAAGUGAGUUUCUGCUUGCCUCACAAGAUCCACUAUGCCUCCUCAAGCCUGAUCCCUCCUGAGGCCAUUGAACGGAGCCUGAAAGCCAUCCGCCCAUAUCAUGCCCUGCUGUUACUCAGUGAUGAGAAGUCCCUGCUGAGUGAGCUGCCCAUUGACUGUUCCCCAGCUCUGGUUCGGGUGAUCAAGACUACAUCUGCUGUGAAGAACCUGCAGCAGCUAGCCCAGGAUGCUGACCUGGCCUUGCUGCAGGUUUUCCAGCUUGCAGCUCACCUGGUGUAUUGGGGCAAGGCUGUUAUCAUCUACCCGCUGUGUGAGAACAAUGUCUACGUGCUGUCUCCCAAUGCCAGCGUGUGUUUGUAUUCUCCGCUGGCUGAGCAGUUCUCCCGCCAGUUCCCGUCCCAUGACCUGCCGUCUGUCCUUGCUAAGUUCUCCUUACCUGUCUCCUUGUCAGAGUUCAGGAACCCUCUGGCCCCCCCAGUGCAGGAGACACAGCUCAUUCAGAUGGUGGUAUGGAUGCUACAGCGCCGGCUCCUCAUCCAGCUGCACACCUAUGUCUGCCUGAUGGCCUCACCUAGUGAAGAGGAGCCCCGCCCACGGGAGGAUGAUGUCCCCUUCACCACCCGGGUUGGCAGCCGGAGUCUCAGCACACCCAAUGCCCUAAGCUUUGGCUCCCCAACCAGCAGCGAUGACAUGACCCUCACUAGCCCCAGCAUGGACAACUCCAGUGCAGAGCUGCUCCCUAGUGGGGACUCACCACUAAAUAAGAGGAUGACAGAGAACCUGCUGGCCAGCCUUUCGGAGCAUGAGCGGGCAGCCAUCCUCAGUGUGCCUGCAGCCCAGAACCCUGAGGACCUCCGCAUGUUUGCCAGGCUCCUUCACUACUUCCGAGGCCGCCACCACCUGGAAGAGAUCAUGUACAACGAGAACACUCGACGCUCUCAGCUGCUCAUGCUCUUUGACAAGUUCCGCAGUGUGUUGGUGGUGACCACCCAUGAGGACCCCGUCAUUGCUGUCUUCCAGGCACUGCUCACAUGAGCCCAGGAAGGAGAUGCAGAAGCUGCUGGAGUGUGUGGGAGAGCAUUAGCCUCUCCUACCCCAGGCCUCCCUCCCUGCCAGGGCUCGGCCUUCUUAUCUCUGAGGCAUGGCACAGGUAGAAGGCCAGCAGGGCUGUAAGUGCCUCCAUGUGGUUUAGCAGUAGCUGUGGGGCCACCACUCUGCUCAUAAUCCCUCCUUUGGCUCUUCCAGCAGUCUUUGUAUCACUGAGCUGUAGGGGGACUUCCAGGACUCUUGGUGAUGUGAGUUCUUUCAAAUGUUCAUGGGUUUCUUUCCUUCUUUCCAGCCCCACCCAUGUUUUCCUGUCCCCGCCCUAUGGGCCACCCUGAGAAAUGUACAAAAACACUUGUUUGAUCCACUCCUGCCCCUCUGCUAGCCUUUAGCAUAUGAGGUCUGAGUGCCUGUCUAGUCCUACAUGGCUGCUUCACCCAUCAGUGCCACUGUUCACUAUGUGCUUCAUUCCUCUCAGCUUGCCAUAAAUCUGGCCUGGUCCUUAUACAUAUGUCACCAGCAGGCCUAACUAAACUAUUACCUGACCAUUUGAGGACCAAAGUUAGGCCCACCUGGGCAGUUGCAGCUCAUGGCAGGUGGUAGUUGAACUUUUGGUGAGAGGUAUGCAUUCUGUGUUUCGGGGUCCACACACACAAGGCCCCUAGAUCUCCCAUCCUAGAGGAAUAAACAGCCCACACACAUUCUGAUUAUCUAGGGAGCUCUGAUGAACACAUGAACAAUAGUUUGUAGAAAAAAUGAAUUUUAUUUGGCUUUUAAACAAACAAUUAAAAAGCCUGUCUAAGCAGGCUUUUUGCUCAGG